UUUCGGUUUUAUUUUAACUCAUGAAAAAAAUAACAUUUUAUUUCAGCUUUUGUUUAAACGUUACUUCCAAAUUAAUUUUCUUUACGCUUUUCAGACUCUAAGGGACGCUGUUGGCCAGAAAAACAUUAGAAGUUAUGCUGCAUCUGAGGUAGAGGAGAGAAAGGAGACAGAGAAAAGCGUCUUCACACUGACUAAGGUUAUACGGAGCAACACGUUAGAGGAGAAGCAAUCGUUUUUGUCCGACCUACAUGCAGAUGAUUUUGAUUUUCGUUCAGCUUGCUCAUACCUGACUAACUUAAGUGGAUCUAAAUUCGGUGUUGUAAUCUUUCCUGAUGGAGACCCACCAGCAGCGAUCUGGAAAAUGGCUUCUGCUGUACARGACGCCUCUGUGGCAACUGUUUCUUGUUCUCUUGAUGGCGUUCUCCAUUGACGGCCAAAUCCGUUAUUCAAUUCCAGAGGAAAUGAAGAAAGGUUCCCUUAUCGGUAAUGUUGCACAAGAUCUUGGUUUGGAUUUGARUAGGCUGCGUUCUGGCCGUGCCCGUAUCGUGAGCGGAGAGAGCAAUCAGUACACCGAGCUGAAGGCGGACAAAGGGAUUUUAGUCGUGAAUGAGAAAAUCGACAGAGAGCAGCUCUGCGGAGAGGUAACKCCGUGCAGUUUCAGCUUUGAAAUUAUUUUAGAAAACCCAAUUGAACUWCACAGAGUCACAGUGGAAAUAUUAGACGUGAAUGAUCAUGCGCCGACUUUCAAAAAUAAAGCGAUCMACUUAGAAAUUAGCGAAUCUGCAACGAUAGGAUCCCACUUUGACUUAGAAAGCGCWUAUGACCCGGAUGCGGGUAUUUAUAGCUUGCAAAAUUAURUCCUUUCACCGAAUGAUCAUUUUGUUUUGAAGCAGCAUUCAAAUGMAGACGGAGUCAWAUUUCCUGUCAUGAUUUUACAGAAGUCWUUAGACCGAGAGCUGAACCAGCACGUCUCUUUAAAGCUUAUAGCUGUAGAUGGAGGAACUCCGCAGCGCUCCGGAACAGUAAAUAUUGAGAUCAAUGUUCUCGAUGUUAACGAUAAUCCUCCUAUAUUUAGUCAGUUAGUGUACAAAGCUGUUGUGAUGGAAAACGCCCCCWUAGGCACUUAUAUAACAACGGUAAAUGCCACAGAUGCAGACAGCGGUUCUGAUAGCUUAGUUACGUAUUCGUUUUCCAAUGUAAAAAGAAAUGUUGCUUUUGAAAUUGACAGCUUGUCUGGCAGAAUAACUGUGGUUGACAGUAUUGAUUAUGARAAAGACAAGAAAUUUGAAAUAAGAGUAAUCGCAAAAGACCAGGGAGGACUCACUGACGCAACAAAAGUUACAAUGGAUGUUUUGGACGCUAAUGAUAACGCACCAGUUAUUAGCAUAAUGUCCUUCUCAAACACAGUKUCAGAGGACGCACCUCCAGGUACGACUGUGGGUGUUUUUAAUGUAAAAGAUGCUGAUUCUGACAGAAACGGSCAAAUAAAAUGCUCAGUUGAAUCCAACUUUCCCUUCAAGAUACAGUCCUCCCUCACGGAUUAUUAUAAUUUACUAUUAGAUUCKUCUCUUGAUCGAGAAACAACACCUGAAUAUAAUAUAACAAUUACCGCAAUGGAUCAUGGAUCUCCAGCUCUUUCUUCGUCUGCAGUUUUGUACCUGAAAGUCUCUGAUGUAAACGACAAUCCGCCAAUUUUUGAAAAUCCAAAUUAUUCGGCAGUAAUAAUUGAAAAUAACACGCCAGGGGUUUCAGUUUUUAGUAUGAGUGCAAGAGAUUCAGACUGGAAUCAAAACGCAAAAAUAUCAUACUUUCUGGAGGACACUGUGGUUGGUGGUAGUCCAGUUUCUUCUUAUGUGUCAAUAAAUUCCGAAAGCGGRGUAAUAMAAGCAGURCGCUCAUUUGAUUAUGAACAAAUAAAACAGCUUGUGUUUACAGUAAGAGCGCAGGAUGGAGGCUCUCCUCCGCUGAGCAGUAACGCAACUGUGAAAAUCCUGAUCCAGGACCAGAACGAUAAUCCACCUCAG